CGGCACUUCCCAAACAUACGCCGCUAUACAAGUAACCGGCUUCAACGAUUCUAUGUGUUUUGAAGAUGACUCGAUGAUGCACACAAUCGCAGUAAUUUGUUCUUAGCUGUGCUCUGUUUUUACAAAAGGAUGGCGCAAACUAUAGGAUUUAUUCGGCUAAUUAGGGUUAGAACAACGACAUCAAUCGCAUCAGUUCUUCCUCCUCCCAGAAUUCCUCGUAAGACAUUAGUUUCUGUUGUGUAUACGUAUAUUUCAGGAAAAUUUGAACCGUUUAAGAGCUUGACGAGGGGUUUUGAAUCACCAGCUGGACGAUACACUCGUCCCUUGAUCCUGGAUUGGAAAUUAUGUGUGCGGAGAUAUUUUCAUAUGACGAAAUCGUAUAAUUUAGGACAUGAAUUUAGCAUGGGAAGACUAUUAGGUGUAUCAGCUGUACUAGGAUCUUUCCUCCUUCGGCCACGCUUUGCACAUUGUAUGGAUGGCUAUGCCAGUUCAGCAGAUGAUCAUAGCAUGGGAAUGUUGGGUAAAUCAGAGACUGAUGAUAAUCCACACAGUUUCAUGAUUUUUGCCAAGAAGCUGAUGGUGCCUAUUGCUCUCCUCUUAAUUGUGUGGAUGAACUGGAACUAUCCUGUUGUUCUUGGAGUUAAAGUGAUACUCACUCUUCUCAGCACAAAGCCAAGCCCUUUCUCGGUUUACGUAUUCAUCGAACAGUUGCAGCAACAAUACAGAGGCCAGCAUCCCUUCUUACACAAAUUCAAGUCUUCAUAUGCAAAAAAGGUCGAAGUAGAGGAUUACACAGUCUUCUGCAUAGCUAAGAUCGAAAUGGGAGAUCAGAAGUACACCCUUCUUGGAAUUCUGGGUGGCUGGUGGGUUUUCGAACUGACUUCUUUGCGGAGUGCCCUUUCUGGAUUUAGGAGCAGAACUCUAGAAAUACUAGAAACUGCUGUAAGUAGUGAUGUUUAGCGAUUAUCUUGUUAUUAUUAAGAACUUUCUAUUUCUUUGCUAAUCUCGACUUAAUUUAGUGUUCAGAUACUAUGUGCAUUAUGGUAUUGAUAAAUCUAGAUCUAGAUUGUUUGCCCCCUUUU